AUGCAGUACUUUCAACCUCCCACUGCUGCUCAGACUGUGCCACCAGGCUUCUCUUACCCGCCCAUGUGGUUCAACCCGAAUGUACCUGCAUCAAUCACUCCUGAAGCCUCUCGAUCGGCCAGUCAGGUCGCUCCUCCCACUGUUGAUCUGGCCAAACCGGAGGAUUACCAACUCCUGGACGACAGAAUAAGGGCCAUUAAGGGCUUCUCUUCUUUUGGAAUAGACGCUCGAGACCUCUGCUUGGUCCCGAACGUGGUGUUUCCCCAGAAGUUCAAAGUGCCAGACCUCCCUAAGUAUAAAGGUCUUAGCUGUCCCCAGAUUCAUCUUACUACGUACUGCAGGAAGAUGGCUUUGCAUAUUGAUAAUGACAACCUCCUGAUUCGUUGCUUCCAAGACAGCCUGGCUGGGGCUUCCUUGGAUUGGCAUAUGAGUUUGGAGUGCUCGAAGAUCCGAUCAUGGAGAGACCUCUCAGAGGAAUUUUUGAAACAAUACAAGUACAACCUUGACAUGGCUCCAACAAGGCUUCAACUACAGAACCAGUCACAAAGAUCUAAUGAAACCUUCAAGGAAUAUGCUCAACGGUGGUGCGAAAUGGUGUCUAGGGUUCGACCAACACUAUCUGAUAAUGAGUUGGUUGACAUCUUCAUGAGCACGCUGCAUGGGCUGUAUUUUGAGAAAAUGAUUGGCAGUUUGUAA